CCAAGAAUUCAAUUGAUUCAUGAUUUGUCUUCAUUGCUUUUAGGAAAAGCUCGCUGUCCUGGGAACCACGUGUGCGUCAACACCCCGGGGUCAUUCACAUGCGUUUGCGGCGAAGGAUACCGGAAGAAAAUCACAUUUGAAGGCACCGGAAACGACCUCAAAAAUAUUGACAAAAUCGACCCCCAGCAGGACGCGUGUGUGCCCAUCGAGUGCCCGGACUCGACCUGGGUUUGGCAUGACGGGAGCUGCUACUGGUUCGACCCCGAACCCGUCUUGUACGGUCGUCAAGAUGCAGUGGAUUUGUGUGACCAGAAAAACGGAUCCAGUCUGGUUUGGAUCUUGAGUGAAGAAGAGAAUACUUUUGUGGGGGUUUCAGCUGUGCAACCCAUAGUGUGGAUCGGGGUUGACCCGAGUCAAAAUUCAUUCUUGGGAGGACAUCUGGACUACCCAGCAGCAGUGGAGUCUCCAGUGACCAAAUCUACUUACCCUCUGCUCCAUCAAAAUGUUCCUGAAACCUCGCUUUCAUUCAAGCCCAGAACUAAAAGGUUUAAAAAGCGCACCAUAAGCCCAUCAAAAUCGGCAGCAGCUGCUUCUUCCACUCGCAAGUAUCCGGAGUCUUCUACUAAUGCCAUUACGAGUGGUACCAUGAGUGGUACCACGGGAUCCCCGUCAAUCGCUGAUGCUGAACCCGAUGUUCGGCGGGCACCAGCGUGGUUGUCAGGGCAGCCGAUGGUAUUCACCAAUUGGGGUCCCAAACGGAAUGAUUCUUCUGCGCAAAUAAGGACUGGGUUCAGGAGAUCCACGGCCCCGAAUUUUGCACUGGUUCCGAACCGAUGGGGUCAAGCUGGAUGCAGUGCCAAAAAGAGGUUCAUUUGUCAGGCCCCUGAGGAAUAUUGUCCGUAUUUCUGGAGCCAGGGAAAAGCUGAGAAGAAGUGUUAUUAUAAGUCAAGCUAUGCAGUGGAUGUGGCAACUGCAAGGGAAAUUUGCGAAUAUUUGGCAAUCAGAGGAAACUUGCUGAGAAUUGAUUCUUUGGCGGAAAUGAUGGAACUGUCUUCUUGGGAAUUCUGGAAGGACGCAACUGCAUCCAAGGGCUCUUUAGCUCACUAUUGGAUCGAUUUGGCAAAGGUGAGUGUGACCUCGUCCUGGAUGUGGUACACCCCAGCCACGCGACCCAAGUUCACCCGGUGGGACAAGGGUCUCAUGGACUCGGCCCCGGAUUUCCCAGACUCGGCGCACCCACUCUGCUCUUACAUGUUCCCGAACCAGUGGGUCGUGUCUUGGGACUCACCGGAAUAUGCGGGUGUAGUUUGCAAGGCACCUCCGAUCAUCGCAGACGACUUCAGCAUCGUCGCCACUGAUGACGCGGCCCACGACUUCCAGCCACUGUUCCUCGGUGGGGGACAUUCCAGCAGUAGUGCAUCGGACAGAACUGUGGUCGAUCAAAUUCGAGAAGCCAAGGACAAUCUUAUAGACACGGUGUUGAAGGCACAAGAAAAUGAGAAUCAAAGGAAUGCGAUUUUAAUUGACCUGCCAAUGUCCGUGGAUGACGAUGUCGGAAGUGACGAUAUUGAAGCGUCGCUCGACCCAGAUGACUGAAAUAUGAGAGUUUCUCAUCGACGUCGUUUGUUGUUGAAUUUUGAUUUCCAAUGUCGAGAUUAUGUAAUAUUGAAAUAAAACUUGAAAUCGAUGCAA